AUGAGAUUCUCAACGCUCGCAGCAGGCCUCCCCCUCGUGGCGGCGGCUCCUCAGGGUCACUCCUUCAAGCAGCAGGCCAACAGCACCGGAAAGAGCCUCCUUCUCGACCAGGCCCCCGAGACCUCGCAGCCCUACGCCCUCCGCAAGGGAGCCGGCCGCGCCGUCGCCGUCGGCGAGCAGGUCUACCGCUUCUCCGUCACGGGUAACUCCUCCGCCGGCGCCUUCACCCUGAUGCAGACCAACGCCCCGGACUCGUCCGACCUGGGAGUCCUCCCCCACAUCCACAAGGCCCACUACGAGAACUUCUACUGCACAAAGGGCCAGAUCCAGCUGUGGGCCCAGACCAACAGCUCCGGCGAGCAGGCCCGCGUCCUCACCCCCGGCGACUACGGUGCCGUGCCCCACAACACGGUCCAUACCUUCCAGAUCACCGACCCGGACACCCAGCUCACGGGUGUCAUCCAGCCCGGCGGCUUCGAGGAGCUCUUCAUCGCCAUCGCCAACUCGGAUUUCGUCUCCCCCACGGGCUCCGAGUUCGUCCCCGCCGCCUCCAACGGCUCCUCCUCCGGCUCCGAUCCGGCCCUCAUCUCCGCCCUCGAGGCCUUUGACGUCUACGCCCAGCUCGACUUCAGCCCCCGCCGCGACCUCGUCAACGGCAGCGCGGGCGGCGCGACCGCGAGCACCUGGCACACGGCGUCCAACACCCUCGCCCCCGACGCCGUCACCCCCAACUUUGUCGCAAAGAACCGCGGCCCCAAGUACCUCAACGCCGACGGCGGCGUCUACCACCUCGUCGCCCCCUUCGCGACGGCCAACCAGACGGCCAGCAACUUCACCAUGGGCACCGUCACCCUGAGCCCCCUGCUCUCCAACCAGACCGCCACCAAGGCGAACCUCGCCCAACCCCUGGCCUUCCAGCUCGAGGAGGGCGCCCUCGAGGUCGCCGUCGAGGGGUACGACGCCGUCACGCUGAUCCAGGGUGACGUCGUCUUCGUGCCCGCCAACGUGCCUUUCACCUACGCCGCCUCGGCCGCCUUCACAAAGUUCCUGUACGUCAGCGGCGGCGGCGACGGCUUCGAUUACCAGCUCCUUCAGCGCGCUGUGCCUUGGUCGUAUGCCACGUACCCCAUCGACGCCGGGUUCACUGUGCAGUAA